GCUGCCAGCGUCACUUUCUAAGCCGGCCAGCAGUGAGUCUCCACAUCUAAUUUUUCACUUCAUUCUCUGCCGUGUCUAAACUUCAUCAAAAUGAGCUACAGAAGAUCCAACGUGCAGCAGAUCUCCAUGACCCGCUCCACACCCCAGUACCGUGCUGCCAGCAUUUAUGGUGGUGCCGGUGGACAGGGCGCCCGCAUUUCCUCUGUGUCCACGUCUUCCCUGAGGUCUGGUGCUCCAGUCAUCUCUUCUUCCUCUGCCUUCAGGGUAAGCAGUGGAAUAGGUGGUGGGAUGGGUGGUGGGAUGGGUGGUGGUAUGGGCUCAAGUUUUGGUGGUGGCAGUGCAUCCAUGGCAUCUAGUGGUGGGAUCAUGGGUAACGAAAGGGGAGCCAUGCAGAACCUGAACGACCGUCUGGCCAACUACCUGGAGACGGUGAGGAACCUGGAACAGGCCAACAAGGAGCUGGAGAUGAAGAUCAGGGAGGCCCUGGAGAAGGGGGGGCCCGACACGAGAGACUACAGCAAGUAUGAACACAUCAUAGACGACCUCCGCAAACAGAUCUUCGAUAAGAUUUCGGAGAAUGCUCGUUUUGUGCUCCAGAUCGACAAUGCCCGUCUUGCUGCUGACGACUUUAAAGUAAAGUUCGACAACGAGAUGGCAAUCCGUCAGUCUGUGGAGGCCGACAUUGCUGGGCUGAAGAAAGUCAUAGAUGACACCAACAUGACCAGGAUGAACAUUGAGAGUGAGAUUGAAGCUGUGAGGGAGGAACUCAUCUUCCUAAAGAAGAACCAUGAGAAUGAGGUGAUGGAGCUGAGGAAUCAGAUCUCCCAGUCAGGUGUGCAAGUGGACGUUGACGCUCCCAAAGGUCAGGACCUGGCCCAGAUCAUGGAGGAAGUUAGGAGCAACUAUGAGAAGAUUGCUGUUAAGAAUGCAGAGGAUCUCAAACGAUGGCAUGAAAAUCAGAUUGUGGAAGUGCAGGCGCAGGUUUCACAGAACACAGAAGCUCUCCAUGGGGCCCAGAUGGAGAGGAGUGACUUAUCCAGACAGAUACAGACCCUGGAAAUUGAACUUGCAUCCCAACAGAGCUUAAAGGCCUCCUUAGAUGACACAUUACAAAACACAGAGAUGCGAAACAACAUGGAAAUGGAGAAGUACAACACCCUUAUUAUCCGUCUGGAGGAGGAGCUGACCAACUUGCGUGCAAAUAUCCAGCAUCAGACCCAAGAGUAUGAGGCGCUGCUCAACAUGAAGAUGAAACUGGAGGCCGAGAUUGCCACUUACAAGAGUCUGCUGGAUGGUGGAGACUUCAAGUAAGAAAAAAACAGAUCGAGGCAAGGUGAUGAUGGUGGUGGAGGCUCCAGGAUGCACUGGACGAGCUAGCGGUCUCAAUCUAAUUCAGAACAAAGACUCUGGGACCCUCCCAACAAUGAAAGCAGAACCACCCACAACUAUCCAUUAUGGAAGAAAUUCCAUGCUGGGUCACUUCAACUAAAGCCAAUUUUGAACGAAGACCACAUACCAUGUGGACCAUAAAUGAUUUAAGCAAUUCUGAAUAAAGGCACACCACAGAGAAAAACAAAGCAGCUAUUGCCUGACCUGACAGCAAAAUAAAAAAAAGAAAACCACUUA